AUGGAGCGACUACAAAGGAAGCAAGCGGCCUUGCGACAAGCCAUCGACACUACCAUCGCAGCGGCCAGCACCUUACUUCAAGCGACAGAAGCACCAACCGGUGAGCUUGAAGAACAUUUGGACAUCCUUCUUGAGCAAGCUGAAGAGCUUAAAGCAGUCAACGAUGCUAUAGAAAAGAAAGUGGACCUACAGGAGCUCGACACCGUAUUAACAGAGUGCGCUGCGUACAACUUGAGAAUUUGCAACUUGAAAACAAGGAUAAGAAGGGCCCUGAGAGGUGGAGCUGCGAGCGAAACAAGAUCAAGUACACCAUCAGAAACAGGAAAUAGCUCUGACCACGUCGCACAGUCAGGUUCCGUCCAGCAUGCAGUUACGACGACUCUUCAGCUACCGUCGACAACGACAAGACUUCCGAAGCUAGAGAUCGCCAAAUUCGACGGAAACCUGCGCUCAUGGCACAGAUUCUGGAAUCAGUUCGAGUCUACCAUCCACAACAAUCCAGCUCUACAUCCAAUUGACAAGUUUCAGUACCUGACGAGCUAUCUCACCGGCAAAGCAGCAGCCGCUAUCGACGGGCUACCACUCAGUGACCGAAAUUAUGAAAUUGCAGUGAAGACAUUGAUCGAAAGAUUCGGAAAGGACGACGUUAUCAUUGAAGAACAUAUGUCGAGGUUACUCAACAUCCGACCUGUCCAUAACAUCCUUGACACCGAGAAGCUGCGGACCCUUUAUGAUGAGAUCCAGGCGGGGGUUCGGAGCCUCGAGGCAUUGGGUGUGGCGUCGAGCACUUAUGGAGUGCUUUUAUUGACAGUCCUGCGGAAGAAUAUCCCGAAUGAGCUUUGUCUCGGUUACUGCAGACAGAAGACAACAUCUGCAGUCGCGCCAGGAGAUGAGCUUCAAAAUUUCCUCAGUUUCCUCAAGACCGAAGUAGAAAGUCGAGAGAGGGCCGAAUGUGGAACCCGUCAGCAGCUGAGCACCGACAGGCUGAGUCGCCCGAUCCGCAAGGAUAUUCCUGAAAAGAAGGCGUCCGCGUCGGUUUUAACUGCCGUCAUGAAAGCUGAAACACAGUGCAAAUUAUGCGAAGCGAGCAGCCACUCGACCGCCGACUGUGAAGUUGAUUUGACUGCGGAUCAGAAGAGGAGAAUUGUGCAGCGGGAAAGACUCUGCUUUAGGUGCGCCAAGGCAGGUCAUCGAGCAUACGAAUGCCGCACCGCAAGAUGGCUUAAAUGUAAGAAAUGUUCCGGCCGGCACGUUACAGCCCUGUGUAACCUGAAUCGACCACCAGCAACAGGAAAGUCGGAAAAGAAGACUGUACUCACUGAGACAAUCGUACAGUCUUCGCUGCAAGUCGAAGGCACCAAGAAGAGAACCCGUGUCCUUCUGCAGACGGCUCAAGCGUGGGUUCAGGGUAGGGAGAAGCGAGCGAUAGUCAAGCUGAUGAUUGACGGAGGAAGCCAGCGUACCUUUAUCAAGAAAGAGGUUUCACGGAAGAUGGGACUGCGUGUGAUGGGAGAGGAGACCCUAAAAAUAAUGACAUUUGGAAACGACAAGCCGUCUUCAGGAAUGAAGUGCCGCCGAGUGGAGUUGUGGCUGUGCAGUCGACACAGCGGGAAAAAGAUCCGCGUUGAAGCGCUCGAGAUCCCACAAAUCUGCUGCGACAUGGUGCCAGCACCUGAGGCUUCUUCCACCGUCAACUACCUAGAAGAGCAAGGCUUCGAACUCGCCGACGGUACGCAAGAUGGAGCAGAGAUAGGGCUGCUGCUGGGAUCCGAUUACUACUGGGAGGUCACAACCGGUGGUGUCAGGCGCCUGGACAGCGGUCUCGUAGCCGUGGAGACCAUUUUUGGCUGGACCCUGCAGGGGAUAACGCACACCACAGAAUCAACAGCAAUGUACGUGUCCACUGUGGGAGUGUUGCGCGUGGCUGUCAUCGGCGAGGAAGACCAGGAUGACACUGCUGCUCAGCUUAAAUCGUUUUGGCAGCUCGAACACAUUGGCAUUGUCGACGAAGGAGAGGCCGACGUGGAAGACAACCAAGUUUUGCGGGAAUUUCGGGAGAACGUAUCCAGAAACAACUGCCGAUAUCAAGUUUCCCUUCCCUGGAAAGAGAAUGCUGGCGAUUUGGCAGACAACAAAGCCGCGACACUAACGCACCAUCUGAAGUACACAAAGGAUAGUUUUGCGGAGACAAGAAGCAUGCUAAACAACGACGUGUAUGAGGGUGAUUUGGUCGCAGGUGCCGAUACUAUAGAGGACACUAUGCGCAUAUGCAAAGAGGCCGAAAAUAUUCUUCAGAUGGCAGGCAUGAACCUAACAAAAUGGGAGCCCAAUGACUCUAACCUUGAAGCAGAAUGGUCAGGAGAGUUAGGCAACGAACACGGACUUUCAGCACAUACCGUAACUAAGAUCCAUGGCGUAGAGUGGAAACCGACUACAGAUGAAUUCACGUUCGAAAUGGGUUCUCUAAUAGACUUUUUAAAACAGCGUCAAUACACAAAAGGCUUCUGUCUACAAGCGACGGCUCGCAUAUUUGACCCAUUUGGAUUCCUUGCUUCCAUCACUAUCACGACUAAGAUUAUGUUUCAGAGCCUAUGGGAACGAGGUGCUCAAUGGGAUGACACACUUCCGUCAGACAUCCUCGAAACGUGGAACAAGUGGUGUCAACAGCUUCCUGACUUAAGAAAAGUUUCCGUUCCAAGAAAAUCAGGGCUGCGAAAGGUCGUCGGAAGAAGUGGUUUAAAUAAUGACAUCUUUACCACCAUACUCAUUCAGAUCGAGGCGGUUGUUAACUCCCGCCCGCUCACGUUCCUUCACUCAGAUGCGGGGGAGCUUCUGCCGCUAACGCCAUCGCACUUCUUAAUAGGGCGCCGAAUGACAGGUUUGCCUAACACUGGAGAAACAGCCGCCAGCGAAUCUAUGAAGGCUGCGCUCAUAAAAUGUUGGCAACACCAUAUGACACUUGUCGAUUCACUCUGGAGACGAUGGAGGCAGGAAUACCUACUAGAACUUCGCUCUGCUCAUGUUACCGCUCAGCGCAAAGAGAGAAGCAUAAGGGAAGGGGACAUUGUCCUACUCGGAGAAGAGAAGGUCCCGCGACAGAUGUGGAAGCUGUGCCGGGUUGUCGAGACGUUUCCUGGAAGGGACGGCCGAGUUCGAGCAUGCAAGAUUUCUCUGCCGGACCGAAAGCUGCUAAGACGACCGGUUCAAGCCCUCUACCCGCUUGAACUAGGGGAGGAAUGA